AUGUCCAGUUGCUCCGACGGAUCGAUGGUGGCGUGUGAAUACUCCCCGGCCGGCAACGACGGCAAGUCGGCGUGGUUCGUUCACUACGCCCAGGCGACGCAGUGUCCGACCGGUACCACAGCUCAGCUUGGUCUGUGUGUUGUGGAAGGAGACUCGAAAAACGACCUGAUUGCGCCGAUCCCGGACGGCAAAUGGACGUACGAGGUGUACCCGACGUUCGUUGCUGACAUCAUGUCCACGAUCCUGAAGGCAGCGAAGGCGAGAGAUACUCCUGGAAACGCACCCGCGACUACGAGCUCCCCGGAUGGAUCAGCGAUGUACGAGACGACCCCGGAGGAAUCCAGCGCAGACACCGAACAGACCACGAGUUCGCUCGAGGCGGAGACGUCGUCGGGCUCUACAACUGAUGAAACCAGCUCGUCAAUGCUUGGCGGUAGCUUGGGUGUUUCAGAGUCCUCUGGUGACGAUUUAUUGACUGAGUCGUCUGGGGAAACAGCCUCGUCCUCGCUCGAAGACACCGCCUCCACUUCGGCAUCGACUUCGGAGUCUUCGACCGAUUUGUAUGGCGAAACUCCUAGCAGCGGUUCCUCGGAGGAUACGCCGUUGCAGGUCGAGUCUUGCUCCGGAUCAUCUCCUGGAACCUCUGAAGAGACCGCAUCUUCAGAGCUUGGCGGUGGAUCCGAGGUGUCUCCCACUUCGGGAUCGGCAGACACGACGUACGCUUCAAGCUCGAUGACCGAAUCGUCUUCGAGUGAAAGCUUGGCCUCCUCGGGCCUCUCCGAUGAGACCAGCUCGUCGCUGCUUGGUGGAUCCGCUGAGGCGACCUCAUCCGGCGAGACGAGCUCUGGGUCCUCGCCAGAGUCGGCAACCGACGAUGAGGAACCGGGUACAGUGAAGCCCAGCUCAGCCACGGGAUCGUCUUUCAGGAACCAGGAAUCGACGCCGUCAUCGGGAUCGGCGACGACCAGCUCGGGCAGCACCCCCAGCACGGAUUCGACCAAGCAGGAGGACUCGACUAAACAGGAGGAGGACUCAACUAAACAGGAAAGCAGCAAGCCGGCAUCCUCGGCUACGGGCCCGACGACUGCAGUCUCGGCCAAGAACGAGUCAAGUGUCGCUACUGCCGCGGGUGCUGCGAUCUCUCCAGCAGGUAUCGCCGGUAUUAUCGUGCUGGGAGUCGUGGCUGUGGCCGCAUUGGCAGUAUUCGUAAGCUACCGCAAGAACCAGCAACGGCAGCGGGACAUCAUGCGCGACGGCGGUAUCCAAGUCAUUUAAGUCCCAGGCAAAUUCCAAGAAGCUCGUAAUAGAUCGAGCCAACGUGAUGAAGCGUACGCGGUGUGCGUCGUCGCAGGUGAAAGACAGAGUGAGAGAUACAAUAGCGCGGCGAGGCCACCAAAUGUGAGCAUAAAGUCAAUCGAAUCCGGUUUAGUUUUAUCUGAUCCUCCCGCUUCGCAAAGCGCAAAGCCUCGGC